UAAUGGUUGCUUCCAGAACUAUUUAGUAUAUCAUUUCCCACUUGGUCAGUGUUCUAUGAACUUAUUUCUGUGUCUUUCGGAGAAGAACAAAAAGCGAUUUGAGUGUUGUUCACUGUCACGAUGGAAGCAAAUUUUCCCUUUGGUGAAGAAGAAAAAGAUGAGAGCAUAUUAUAUGUCUCCGAUUCUCUUGGUUUUGCAGCCACGGAUCUUUCGUUGGAAGACAAAGACAACGAUUUCUCAGAAACCGCAAAGUUCAUAAGCCAGAUCCUCAUGGAAGAGAACGUGGAACAUAGGCCUUUCUAUGACUCUUUCUCCUUGCAAGUUACAGAGAAAUCCUUCUACCACGCUCUCAUCGGUAACCUUCCUCAUUCCCCCAAUCAACACUCCCUUGUUCUUAGUCCUGAACCUGAAAUCACCACCACCACCAGCAAAAACAAUUUUUUAGACCAAAAUUCUAGUGAGUUGAAGCUUCCUUCUCCUUCUCCUUCUCCUUCUGCUUUUCAGUUUGACCACCGCGACCUUUCUCAACAACCUUCAAUUACUGUUAGUGAUGGACUCUCAGAUUUGGAUUCUUCUAUUGCCAAACUCUUAGCACACAAUAUUUUCAAUGAUGCUGAUUCCGUUUCCCAGUUUAGGAGAGGGAUGGAGGAAGCUAGCAAGUUUCUUCCUCCGGGGCCUAACCUAGUAACUGCUCUAGAUUCAAACCCUAAACAACCGACCAACGCGUUUGGACAGAAUUCCUAUGGGUUGAAGAGUAGGAAGAAUCAGAAGCGCCAAGAGACAGACAAUAGGGAAGAAAAAGAAGAUGGUGAAGAAGAAGGGAGAAGUAACAAGCAACCAGCACUUAGCCUUGCUGAUGAGAAUGACUUGUCAGAUGCAAUUGAUAGGGUGUUUGUGUGUGUGGAAAAUGUGUGUAAUGAAGACAUUUCUUUGCAUAAUGGAGCAACCAAAGUUAAGGAGCCAGAUAGAGGAGGAAAGAAGGGUCGUCCAAAGAAACAUGGGAGAAAGAAGGAAACAGUGGAUUUGAGGAAUCUUCUGCUGAUGAGUGCACAAUCUGUGUAUGCCAAUGACUUCAGGACUGCCAAUGAAUAUCUGAAGAAGGUUAGGCAGUACUCUUCUCCCACAGGGGAUGCAUCACAGAGGUUGGCUCAUUACUUUGCCAAUGGCCUUGAGGCACGCUUGAUUGGGGGCGGUACAACUGCAUUAGGGCUUUUUUCUUUGCUGAGUUCUAAGAAGGUUACUGCUGCUGAGUUUCUCAAGGCAUACCAAAUUUUCCUAUCUGCCUCCCCUUUUACCAAGUUUACAUAUUUCUUUGCAAAUAAAAUGAUUAUGGAAGCAGCUGCUAAGGCAGAAACAAUCCAUAUUAUUGAUUUUGGCAUCCUACAUGGUUUCCAAUGGCCAAUUCUUAUUAAGUUUUUAUCAAAUAGAGAGGGUGGACCUCCCAAGCUGAGGAUCUCAGGGAUAGAGUUUCCCCAACCUGGCUUUCGUCCCACAGAAAGCAUUGAUGAGACUGGUUGCCGUCUGGCUAAUUAUUGCAAGCGUUACAAUGUUCCCUUUGAGUACCAUGCCAUAGCAUCAAGGAACUGGGAAACCAUUCAGGUGGAAGCGCUUAAAAUUGAAAGCAAUGAGGUAGUUGCUGUCAACUGUCACAAUAGGUUUGAAAAUUUACCCGAUGAAAGUACUGAUGAAUUGGAUAGUCCUAGAAAUGCAGUCCUGCAUUUGAUCAGGAAGAUAAAUCCAGAUAUUUUUACUCAGACCAUCAGUAAUGGAUCACAUAAUUCUCCUUUCUUUGCCACACGGUUUAGGGAGGCACUCUUCCAUUUCACUGCUAUUUAUGAUGUGCUUGACACUGUCAUACCUCGUGAUAACAAAUGGAGGAUGAUGAUUGAGAGCGAGAUUAUGGGCCGGGAGGUUAUGAAUGUUGUAGCAUGCGAAGGUCCUCAGAGAGUUCAGAGGCCUGAGACAUACAAACAGUGGCAGGUUAGGAUUACAAGGGCGGGUUUCAAGCAGCUCCCACUUAAUAAGGAAUUAAUGACCAAAUUUAGGACAAAGUUAAGGGAUUACCACAAAGAUUUUGUCUUAGAUGAAGAUAACAAUUGGAUGCUUCAAGGUUGGAAGGGACGCAUUUUUAAUGCUUCCACUUGUUGGGUGCCAGCAUAAUAUGAUGCUACUGGACUUUUGGAUUUGGAACCACACUCAUGCUUAAGGUUAUGGUAUCCUUGUUCUGGGGGUCUGAUUGCUUAACCUUCUGGUACUGUGGUGAAGAUUGUGCGAAGCAUUGCACCAAGUCACUUGGUAAUUAUGGCAUGGCUUUUUUGGUAUAAUUUUGAGACUUGUGAAAGUAAUGCAAAUUCUAUAGUGAUACGGAGGACAUAUUAUAGUUGGAUCAAGGAUUGCCCUGUUACCAUGGUUGCUCGAGUACUUGUGAUCAAAAUGUUAGUUAUGUUUUUUCUAACCAAUGUGUGUUAGGAAUUUCACAUCCUUGUAGGUAAAUUUGUAAAAUGUUUUUGCAGGGUACAUUGUAUCUUAACCAAAUUAGCUACUGAAUUGACAAGAUACUAUUGAUUUGUACCAGAUAAAUAUCUUCAGUUUGUUUUUUCAGUU